UGCGGAGCCGUGGAAUAAACAAGUAGUUCAAUUCAGUCAGCAGUGAGUUGAGUUGAAACAUCAAAGAAUGGAAAAUAAAAUAAGUAGAAUUGAUAUUGGAUUUGUAGAAGACUGCGAAAAAUGGAGAUUGUCGAGUAGAUUCUUUCCCAGUAAAGUGGGGGGUAAACCUGCGUGGCUAAAUUUGAAAGAUAUUCCUCGAAAGGAGGAUGUUGAAUGUCAAUUCUGCAAACAGCCUUGCAUAUUUUUAUGCCAAGUCUAUGCUCCGUACGAAGAAGAUGAAAAGGCCUUCCAUAGGACAUUAUUUAUUUUCAUCUGUAGAAACCCGAAAUGUUGUAAACCAAAUAAUAACAGUAAUUUGAAAGUCUUUCGGUCGCAACUAGAAAAAAGUAACAAGUUUUAUCCAUCCGAUCCGCCAAUUGAAUCCGAAGAGUGGAGACCAGAUAUAGCUACAGAGACUUGGACAAAAUCCUGUUAUGUAUGUGGAAUUUAUGCACCUAGUCACUGUUCCAAAUGCAAAAAGGUAUAUUACUGUUCUCGUGAACAUCAAGUAUACGACUGGACACAUGGCCAUAAGACUUGUUGUGGAAUCAGUUCUAGUCUGGCAGAAUCAAAUUUUUUACUAACCGAGUAUGAAAUCGUUGUUGAAGCAGAGGAAAGCUUUAAUCAACUUUCAGAAAGUGAAUAUGUUGAUGACGAAAAAGAAGAAAUGAUGGAGUAUGAAAAAUUAAUAGAUCAUAAUGAGGCAGGAACGCUUCAACAUGAAAAAAAUGUCGAUGCUGACUUAAUGAAAAUGUCUGCAGCAAAUGAUGACGAAGCUUUUUUCGAUUUUACUACUAAAGUAAAGAAAUACCCAGAUCAGAUCUUGAGGUACGAGAGAGGUGGUAACGUUUUGUAUAUAUCGUCUGAAAAUCAAGUUCAAGAAAUUCCAAAUUGUGGAAAAUGUGGUAGCGAAAGGCAAUUUGAGUUUCAGAUUAUGCCACAGCUCUUGAACUAUCUCCAAUUUGAAGAUACACUGGAAAGUCUGGAUUGGGGAAUAUUGGCCAUCUUCACAUGUAAAAAUUCAUGUGUAACAGAGAAUGGUUAUGUCACAGAAUAUAUAUGGAAGCAGGAUAUUGUAGAUGUAGAGAAUAAAGAUUGUGACAAGUGAUAGAUAAAAAAACAUGUCUUUUAUUGCUUUCACAUUACAUAAAGAUAUAAAAAUAUUUAGGAAUAAGUAUUCCAAGUUUAAUAGAUUAGUCUACAACAAAAAUACUUGCUUACACCACUUAUCUUUGAUUCUUAUAUAUUUCAUAUUGAG